AUGAAGUUUUCUCUUGCCCUUUUUGCCGCUGCUUCCGCUGAGCUCCCACAGGAGUUCUAUGAACGUCGACUAGUCAUCGUCUCCCACUUUGAAAGACUUAGAGACGCAACACUCGAUCUUGCCAAUAACAAGAAGGAUGCAAGAUACUACAACAAGUUUAACGACUGGCUUGUUUUCAUUGAUGGUGCCAGAAACGAGGACGGCACUCGAUGCGGCGAGGAAGUCGAUGAUGCCGAUGACAUUCAAGUCUUCAGCGCCGAUGACUACUGCAAGUUGAAUUCUCAGCUGAACUCCGCCAUGUCCUCUCUUGCUCGACAAUGGGCUUGCAAUGGCCGAGGUAACGUUGCCCGACAGGCCGUUCGACGACUCAAGAAGCUCAAAAACCAGUACGCCCGACGACACUGCGCAUAA